AUGCCUACCACAUUCCUCAAAUCCAAACAAUCCCCCGCCGCGAAUCAGAAGCCCAUCGACGUGAGCUUUAUCGUCAGCGGCAUGAUCGAUGACGUACGGGAAAAUGGCGACAUCGCGGUGCGCAAAUACUCCGAAAAGUUCGACAAGUGGUCUCCGGCCUCGUUCAAGCUUUCGCAAGCCGAGAUUGAGGUGUCGAUCGCGCAGUGCUCCAAGCAAACAAUCGAGGACAUCAAGACCGUGCAGAACAAUGUUCAGGCAUUUGCUCAAGCUCAGAAAGAGUCCUUGAAGGACUUUGAGUUUGAAAUUCAGCCGGGAGUUAUCCUUGGACAAAAGAACUUACCUAUCAGGACCGUUGGCGCGUACAUCCCCGGUGGCCGCUACCCCCUUCUCGCCUCCGCACACAUGACAAUCCUCACCGCGAAAGUCGCCGGCGUCCCGCACGUAAUCGGUUGUACACCCCCGAUAAACGGCAAAAUCCCGCACGCUACAGUCGCCGCGAUGCAUUUCGCGGGCGCAGACGAGAUCCACAUACUCGGCGGCGUACAAGCCAUCGCCGCAAUGGCCGUGGGCACUGACAGCAUCCGCAAAGUGGACUUCAUCGCGGGCCCUGGAAAUGCCUUCGUAGCAGAAGGGAAGCGCCAGCUAUUCGGCGAAAUCGGAAUCGACCUGUUUGCUGGUCCGACCGAGAUACUGAUUGUAGCGGAUGAGACUGCAGAUCCGUUCACUGUUGCGACGGAUGUUAUCUCGCAGGCGGAGCAUGGGCCGGACUCGCCGGCUGUGGUCAUCACCACCUCAGCGCGAGUUGGAAGAGAGGCGAUCCGAAUCAUUGAUCAUUUGCUGAACCAUUCGGAUCUGAGUACGGCGGACGUUGCGAGCGUCUCGUGGAAACACCAUGGCGAGGUCAUCCUCGUCGACACAAUGCAAGAGGCCUGGAAGCUGGCAGACGAGUACGCGAGUGAGCAUGUCCAGAUUUUCACGAAGAGGCCGCGCGACGCCCUCGAGAACAUGACAGCCUACGGUGCGCUGUUCCUGGGUGAGAAUACCUGUGUCUCAUACGGUGAUAAGGUCUGUCUCCCAUUUCAGCCCUCACAACCCAGUCCGUCAUUGCCACAGGACGAGAUGGCUGACUAUGAGGUGCAGGUAAUCGGAACGAACCACGUCCUGCCCACCCGCAAAGCAGCCCGAUACACCGGGGGCCUCUGGAUCGGCAAGUUCCUGCGCACGGUGACAUACCAGGAAGUAAAGGACGAGACCGCGAGCGGCGAACUAGGGCGUCUCUGUGGACGUGCAGCUAGGGCUGAGAACUUUGAGGCCCAUGCGCGCUCGGGGGACCUCAGGGCGUACCGGCAUUUGAAGGAUGAGAUUGAUUGGAUUGCGGGUGUGAAGGUGAAGUUGUGA